AUGUUGGUGUUGGUUAUCAGUGAUGUUGGAGUUAAGAGUAUUCUGAUUAUUCUGGCAGUGUAUGAUUUGAUUCUUAUACUUUGUCUAGGGAUAGAGGAUUUAUUAGAUGUAGAUAAUCGUUGUGUUAUUCCUAGGGGAGUUAGGAGUGGUUUUUUGAUUGGUUCUGAAGAAUAUUAUUCAUUCUUUGGCUUUAUUUUGUGUUUCUAUCAAAAUUUAUGCUGUUGGUGGUGCUAUUUCUCGUUUUACUUUUUUAUGCCCAUUUUGAUUGAAUUCACUGUUCGUGAAAAUUUUUAUGGAUUGCUGGUAGUUAGCUCUGUAGUUUUGUAA